AUGGACGAUCAGUAUGGUGCGAUUCGCUUCGGCGAAUUUAGGAAAUACAUGGCAAAUAAGCAAGCGAAACUUAAAGACCAGGAACAACUAAUUGAAACGACAUCAAGCCAGGACGUGCCACAGAUCUUUGAAGGGUUGUCAAUUUACAUUAACGGGUAUACGAAUCCACCUCAAAACGAACUACGUCGACUAUUUAUUCUUCAUGGUGGAGACUAUCAACACUACCUAAAAAAAUCAAGUGUUACACACAUUAUCGCAUCGAAUUUAACGCAAGCCAAGUACAAUGAGUUUCGGGCUUACAAAGUAGUAAAACCAAAUUGGUUGACGGACAGUAUCAAACAGCAACGACUUCUACCUUGGGCUGACUACCGCAUCACUGGCAAAGAUACAGCACAAACCGAACUUCAAUUUCGAGCACAAAAUCAGCAACAACAACCGCAGCAGCAGCAGCAGCAGCAGCAACAACAACAACAACAACAACAACAACAACAACAACAACAACAACAACAAAACCAAAACGCCACCGAGUCUCCACAGGGCAAAACUUUGAAUGCAAGUCUAUUGGCGAAUCAAUGGAACCGAGAAAACACGACAGUCACCCCUGGAUUCGUCAAGAAGUUUUAUUCGUCUUCGAGACUACACCACCUUUCAACAUGGAAGUCAGAGAUCAAGUCAGAAAUUAUUCGAAAGCUGGAUGAGAAGUUUUCUCGUGGAAGUAAAAAACGAAAGCGUGAAGGACCACGGAUAGUGAUGCACGUUGAUUUCGACUGCUUUUUUGCAUCAGUGGGUCUUCUGGAUCGCCCUCAACUAAAAGAUAAACCGGUUGCAGUAUCACACGUUCAGCAAGCCAAAAUUGAUUCAUCGAGCGAUAUUGCGUCCUGCAACUACAUUGCACGCUCAUUUGGAGUACGUAACGGGAUGCACAUAGGCACAGCAAAGAGAUUAUGUCCGGAUCUACAGGUCAUACCAUACGAGUUUGAAAAGUACAAGGCUAUAUCUGAAGCAUUUUACGAGGUGCUCUAUGGAUUUGCAGAGGAGAUUGAACCGGUCAGCGUAGACGAGGCUCUUAUUGAAGUGAACGACCCAUCUGCUGCUACGGAAAUCCGACAAACCAUACGCGAAAAGACAGGCUGUGAAGUCAGUAUUGGGAUAGGAUCGAACAUUCUCCUGGCGAGGUUGGCUACAAAGAAAGCAAAGCCUGCAGGUCAAUACUACUGUUCGUCAGAUCAAGUGCAAGAGUUUUUGGUAUCUGAUCUUCCGCGAGUGGGCUAUGCAAUGACCGAAAAGCUGGCAACCAUGGGCGUUUCAAAAGUAUCGGAUCUUCUAAAAAUGAAUCUUGGUGCCUUACAAACCAGUUUUGGGUCAAAAACAGGCCAAAUGCUGUAUAACUUUGCGAGAGGACUGGACGAUCGUCCCUUGAAGCAUGAUCAAGAACGACAGUCAGUCAGUGCGGAUGUUAAUUGGGGUGUACGGUUUGAAAACGAAGAGCAGGUUAAAAGAUUUAUGGAAGAGUUAGCCGAGGAAGUGAGCGAGCGUCUACAGAAUAUUGAAAGAAAAGGAAAGCGCAUCACACUCAACGUGCUGCGACGACGUUUAGAUGCCGGAGAAGCAACAAAACGUCUUGGAUGUGGUGAAUGUGACAGCUUCUCAAAGUCAGUGGCCCUUGCUGCUCCUACAGACGACCCUGAAACUAUCGCGAUGCACAGCCAUAACAUGCUACUCUCGUACAAAUUCGACGUCACUGACUUACGAGGUCUCGGUAUUCUGGUUACAAAGUUGGAUUCGCCCAACACUGUUAUUCGACAACAAAAGUUGUCGUUUUCACCCUCUCGAGAAACAUCACCAGCACCCAUGCCGCUUCCAACAGAAAUUGAUCCAGACGUAUUUGCUGAAUUGCCUUCUGAAGUUCAAGAAGAACUUAGGAGACAAUACAAAGUACCUUCUCUCUCUUGCUCACCUGAGCUGUCUGCUGCCCGAUUAACGCCGCCAAUGAAAAGCCAUGCCGAGCAACAGAUGCAGAUAGUUGAACCAACUUUUGACCAAGCCCCUUCCUCACCACCACUAACAACUGAAAUUGAGCCACUGGCUUCCCUGCCUGAUAUCCCACCAUGGUCUCAACUGGAUCCAGCCUCGCUUUUGGCUUUACCUGAUUCGAUGCGCGAACAAGUACUUAAAAUGUAUAGCAAACAAUCACGUAAACCUAAACAAGAGCGUCCUCGCUCUUCAUCCCCUCCGCCUCAGCCAGUCCAACCCCAGCUGAAUACUACACUGCGUGGCCGCCCGCGAAUAACGAAACGAAGCACUCGUUCAGCAAGCCCUACCAAAAAAGGCGGUAGCACCACAUUGACUCAAAUGUUCAAUCCAACGAAAAGCCCGCAUCGAACAGCAACGACCCAAAAAAAUCUUCCAUGGGAGUCUUCUAUCUGGGGCGAAUUACCAGCCUGUAAGCUAUCACUUCAGCAAUCUAUUAAAGUGUGUAUUUUGCGCAUCAUGGAGGAUUAA